UUGAAGCUUCAGCAGUUGAACUGUCAGUCUGUGCGGAGGAACCGGGCGGGGCGAGGGGCUGUUUUAUUAUUUAUAUAAUAGUAUUCCUUAACGCCUGAUAACACAGCUUGAUCAUGGCCGAAGGCGACAAUAAAAGCGCUAAUUUACUGGCUCAGGAGACGGCGCAGCUCGAGGAGCAGCUGCAGGGAUGGGGAGAGGUCAUCCUGGCUGGAGAUCAGUUCCUGCGCUGGGAGAAGCCCUGGUUUCCCGGCGCCUUGGUGGGCUUCACCACAGUGCUUUUCUUGUGUAUCUACUACUUGGACCCGUCUGUGCUGACCGGACUGUCCGGCACAGUCAUGCUCCUGUGCCUGGCUGACUAUCUGGUGCCCACCCUCGCCCCACGCAUCUUUGGCUCCAACAAGUGGACCACAGAGCAGCAGCAGCGCUUCCACCAGAUCUGUGGGAACCUGGUGAAGACUCAGCGCCGCGUGCUGGGAUGGUGGAAGCGCCUGUUUGCCCUCAAGGAGGAAAAACCCAAGAUGUAUUUCAUGUCUGUGAUCAGCACUCUGGUGGUGGUGGCCUGGAUCGGACAGCAAGUUCAUAACCUGCUCCUGGUUUAUCUGACUGUGAACAUCCUGCUUCUGCUGCCUGGCCUGAACCAGCACGGAAUCAUCACCAAGUACGCCGGCAUGGCCAAGAGAGAGCUCAACAAACUGCUCAAGCAGAAGGAGAAGAAGAAUGAGUGAGAGGGUGCUGCUGGAUGAUGAUGCUGAUGACUGUGAAGAAAUAGAAUGUUACGAAUCCCUAAAUCCCAGUAAAUAAUGGCACAGACCACUGGAUAAGUUGUAGAAUAAAUAAGGCAAAGCUUUAAAAACAGAUAUAUUAGAGCUGCAGGCUUAAAUGCGAACGCUGAUCAUUUCUAGGAGUUCACUUAAUAACACGCGUCUGUAUAUUUAUGACCUAUAGUACUUAACACGCCGGCUCUGAAAUAGCUUAAAAAUCAUUUCAUUUUUAUAAUCUAGUUGGGCGACUACUGAAUCCCUGAAUCUGCAGAAUUAUUUCUCCCAGUUUAGCUUUUUAUAAUUCAGACGGCUUCAGCAAGUGAUCAGUGAUUGUACUCGACAUGUAGGUUUGUUUUUAAAAUGCACUGAAACCCCAGGAGAAACCAGAGUGUUAAGAAACCGUGUGUCGGUGCCCUGCGAGCGCUUGUAUGGGGGCACGGGGGGGGAUCGGUCUGACCCGUACUGCUGUGUUUGAUUUGGACUACUGUCCUCCAGCUGUAGAUCCUCAUGUUUGUUCUUGUGUUGCCUCUGUAUAUACACGUGUGUCUGAUUUCACCUUUUUAUCCGUGUGUGUGUGUUCGUGUCUCUCUCUCUCUCUCCUUUCUGGCUUUUUCAGUGUUUAUUGUGUGUUGUGGGUUCCCUCUCAUUUCAGUCUCUCAAGUUCAGUAUCUUAAUAAAGGCUUGUUUACAACCA